CCACACUUCGUGUCAUCCAAACCUAACUUUCAACAUAACCUAUUAACAACUCUAAAUCUCUCUCUCUCUCUAUAUAUAGUGAUGGUAGAUAUAUAAUAUAGUUCCACAUAUUCUCAUGAUCUCACACAUCAAAUACCAAAAGCUGCAUGAACAUGAAAAUGGCAGCAUCUACUAAAUUUAGGCUUUUACCUUUGGCCACUUCAAUUUUUUUGGCAGUAAUCUCUUACUCUACACAUAGUUCUACUAUACAUUUAACCACACAAAAACUAUUGAAUAAGGUCAACAAAAAUGGGCCUUAUCUUGGACUGGUGAUACCAAAUCUGUUUGAGAUGAACCCUCUUCUUCAACACCCAAGUUACAAACCAUCAAAUCUUACUAUUGAUGUUGCAGGUAUCACUAAUUUAUNNNGGUUUCGUUUUGGUACAAUUGGGGAAGAAAAAGUCAUACUGGUCAUGACGGGAUUAGCCAUGCUAAAUGCAGGUAUUACCACACAAUUAUUGUUGACUUUGUUCAAUGUCAAAGGAGUUGUGCACUAUGGUAUUGCUGGGAAUGCAAAUCCACAGUUUAAUUUGGGUGAUGUUACAAUUCCCCAAUAUUGGGCUCAUUCAGCUCUUUGGAGUUGGCAGAGACAUGGGAAUGGACCAGAAAAUGAACUGCCCCUGGAAGCUUUUGGCGACUACACAAGAGAAAUCGGAUUUCUAAAUUUUGCGAGUUAUGCCACAAAUGUGAGUAAAUGCCCAGAAAAUGACAAUUUAUUGAACAAUGUUUGGUUCCAACCGGAGGAGAUAUUCCCUGUGGAUGGCACACCGGAAGAUAGGCAGCACGCCUUUUGGGUACCCGUUGAUGAAAAUUAUUUUCAACUCUCCCAAAAAUUAGAGGGAGUGAAGCUCGAGAGGUGCAUAAACUCCACCACGUGCCUAGACCAGCCUCCCAAAGUCGCGCGGGUGGCGCGUGGGGCCAGCUCCAGCAUCUACGUGGACAACGCCGCCUUCAGAGACUUCCUCCACCACAAAUUCGAAAUCACCGCCAUCGAGAUGGAGAGCGCCGCCGUGGCCCUGGUCUGCCGCCAGCAGCGCGUCCCCUUCAUCAUCUUCCGGGCGCUCUCCGACCUCGCCGGCGGCGGCUACGCCGAGUCGAACGAGGCCGACGCAUUCACGCCGCUGGCGGCGAACAACUCGGUGACGGUGGUGGUGGAGUUCGUCCGGCUAUUGGAUGCCUCCGCCGACACCUGGAGCGGCUCGGCGUCAUGAAACGCUAGGCUUUGUGUCGUUUUGGAAGAGUCGUGGUUCCUCCGUGCGCCGCUGUAACAACGAGGACUUUAAAGUGACGCUUUUAGAUAUAUAUAUAUAUAAGUGUCGUUUCAGAGUUUUUCCUUUGUUGUAAAUUGUGAUUUGUUAGCUUUUUUGUUUCAAUUAUUAAUAAACAAAGGUUCAUUUACAUUUGACUGUACUUUUUUAUUUUUUAUUUUUAAUAAAAAUACCACAUUCCAAAUUAAA